GGCUUUGACAAUGAUAGUAUUUUGUUGAGAGAAACUAUGCUCAGGGAUCUUCCAUCUUUACAAAGGUAUUGUCAGCCUGGUGUCAACAAUGCUGACUUGUCCUAUGGUUUGUCUGAACUCAGAAGACUUCGUAAGCUAUGGAGCUCGACGGUUAUG